AUGACCAUUGCGGGGUCGGACUCCGGAGGGGGCGCGGGCAUCCAGGCCGACCUCAAGACCUUCGGGGCCAUGGGCGUGUUCGGGACCUGCGCCAUCACCACGAUUACGGCCCAGAACACCAUCGGGGUGAACUCGGUGCUGGAAACGCCGACCGAGAUGAUCGAGGCGCAGAUCGACGCCAUCGUUUCAGACAUCGGCGCCGACGCCGUUAAGACUGGCAUGCUGUCGAGCAGCGAGAUCAUCCGGUGCGUGGCGGAGCGGCUGGGGAGACACUCCCUCAGUCCGACGGUGAUCGACCCGGUGAUGGUGGCCAGCACGGGCUUCCGGUUGCUGAGGGACGACGCCGUGGACGCGAUGCGCACGGUGCUGAUCCCGAUGGCGACGGUGGUGACGCCAAACAGCCGCGAGGCGGCUGUGCUGACCGAGCGAGAGAUGAACACCGUCGACGACCUGAAGACCGCGGCCAGGAUGCUGGUGGACGAGAUGGGCGCGAAGAACGCGGUGGUCAAGGGCGGGCACCUGGACGGGCCGGCCACCGACGUGCUCUACGACGGGUCGGACUUCACGCUGUUCACCUCCGAGCGGUUCGACACACCGAACACCCAUGGGACGGGCUGCACGCUGGCGUCGGCGAUUGCCGCCGGGCUGGCCAAGGGGUUGGACGUUCCCUCGGCGGUGCAGCAGGCCAAGGACUACGUGACCGAGGCGAUUCGCACCAGCUUCGGUGUCGGGCAGGGGCAUGGGCCGCUGAACCACUUCCACGAGCUGUGGGAGCACAGGAGCGACUAG